UGUUCUCCUGUCCACUGUCCAGCUGGUUGCUCAGAAGUGACCAUUUCCAAUUCCUGCCCCUUCUGUAAAUGCGACGAUUUUCUGUGCUCACCACCGAAAUGUCCAGCCGGUUGCAAGAUCCGGGAAGAUGUCCCAGUCGGACAGUGCCCUGGCUGCGACUGUGAUGUAUGGGAACCACAAACUGAUGAUGGAGUGAUUUGCGAGGCCGUUUCUUGCCUUCCACAUUGUCAUGAAGUUGUGAACCCAGAUGGGUGUUUGAUGUGUGUGUGCGGUCCCCUGUGCACUCCUCCACGAUGCGAUCCCGGCUGCAAACUCGAAAGGCAGGUUCCUGAUGACGAAUGCCCUCGAUGCGUUUGUAGAGAUGUACAAGUCAAAUGCUCCCCCGUACGGUGUCCUCCGACUUGCAGACAAGGAAUCGGAGCUACAGGCUGUCCUUCCUGCAUUUGUGAACCGAUGUGUUCCCCGCCAAAAUGUGAUUUUGGAUGCUAUGUCGACCCUGAUCCAAAGGGACUCUGUCCUGACUGCAUCUGCCCCAGCAAAGACAAUCCUCAAAGCAUUCAGUGCGCCCCCGUCGAAUGCGGACCGUUGUGUCACGUGGCUUACUUUGGAAGUGGUUGCCCAACUUGCAUUUGUGACCCGUUGUGCUCGACCCCACACUGCAAUCCUGGAUGUCGCCUGAAAUACGACCCGCAAGCUGGUCCAUGUCCUCACUGCGAAUGCCCACCCAAAGGGAUCCAGUGCUCCAUACCCGUUUGCGCUCCCUGCGCGGUCAACUUCGGCUCGAAACCUUGUCCAAGUUGCGAUUGCUCUGGAAUCGGAACUGGUUUUGAUCCUUUAAUACACGGAGUUCAAUGCACUCCACCGCAAUGUGACGAACCAGAAUGCAAAAUUGAUUAUACCGGAAUUCCUUGUCCAGACUGUGUAUGUGACGGUAACAAAGGUUUUCGAGAAGCUUCACCUUUUCUUUAA